AUGGGGGACUUUUCACAGCGUUUUUCUCGACCCGAUGCCGGAUCACAUACGGUGGAAGGGAAUGUAUCAGGUCCUCGGGCUGCCAUGCUGGAGAAGAAACGGCAAGCCGAACAGGAAAGCUUUGAACUCGAGAAGCAAAAGAGGCAGCGAGCCACACUGCAAUCAACGCUUGGUAUUGGAUCCAAAUUUCAACCUGCAAGAAUUGGAAGCGUCGAGGAGCAGGCCUUUAAAGCAAAAACGAUUGGCUUGGUCUCUGCAAAAGAGUUCAAAGAGGCAGCCAAACAGAAGGAGUCACAAACUGAGCCCGAUGGAUCAUCGUCAAAAGAGGAAGCAAAAGAAGACGCCAAGAGGAAAAAGAAAAAGAAGAAAAAGGAAAAGAAAGUCUCCUCACGACUUAGCUUUAUGGAUACCGAAGACGAACAAGACGUGGCGUUAAAGGAAGUGGCAUCAUUGAAAGAUCCAACCGUCGAUACAUCCUUCCUUGCUGAUAAGAAGCGUGAAGCACAGGAGCAAGCGAAGAGAAAGGCUUUGGAGCAAGAAUGGAAGCUACGGCAGAGCGAAAUGAGAAAUGAGAAAUUGGAGAUUACGUAUUCGUAUUGGGACGGGUCUGGGCAUAGACGAAACGUUACAGUUACGAAGGGGGCAACAAUCGGUGAAUUUCUGGACAGAGUCCGGCGGGAUCUCGCAAAGGACUUUCCUCAUCUGAUGAAUAUUGCCAGUGAUUCUUUGAUGUAUGUCAAGGAGGAUCUGAUACUUUCGAAUGAGAUCUCUUUUGCAGAUUUGUUAGCGACGAAGGCAAGAGGGAAAUCAGGUCCAUUGUUCCAUUUUGAUGUCCGAGAAGACGUUCGCCUUGGUCCAUUGGACCGAAGGAUAGAAAAAGACGAAUCGCACCCUGGAAAAGUUGUUGAACGCGGCUGGUUUGAACGGAACAAGCACAUUUUCCCGGCUUCUCGGUGGGAAGUAUACGAUCCAGCUAAAGUCUAUGGGAAAUAUACAAUUGGUGGCGGAAUAGUCAAUGCGAAAAAUAUAUGA